AAACACCAAGUGUUUACUCGCUGCAAUAGCUUCGUGUACCAGCAGGUAUAGGAGAUCCCUUGAGGGGCACGUCAAAAAUUAUGCUUCUCCCCCCAAAAGGAUGCCCCCUUUUUGCGUGUAGAGAUUAACAUCAUGAGAGGUGUAUAUACAACAUGCCGAACGGUGGAGCAGCGCUCUUUUCACUCUGAACGCAUUUUAAAGGGCACAUAGAGAGCUACACUAUUAUAUGUAAACCCCAUCCUUGAAUGGGAGGAGAAAAUCAUUUAGCGUGCUUCUCUCCCUACUACAUGGCGUGAUAAAUACCACCAUAUCAUAUAAAGAAAACCAUCCCACGCACGAAGCAACCACAUGAGGAUGUUUCGCGGAACGAAGAAGGAAAAACCUUUUUGCAAAUUUGCCCACAUUCACCAGCGUCAAGAGUGGUAACAUGGCCCAAAACCCAUGGUACGUUCAAAAGUCGAAGGCACUAAGAACGAGCAAGUUGGGGAAGAUCAUUAACAAGUUCAACGAAGAGUACGACCACUUAAUGUACAUAUCAAAAUUUAUGAACAUCAGAAAUACGCUGGAGAGGAUUUACGAAAGUUCAGAGCUGAUCAUUAACAAAAAAAGUUUUAACAUCGUUCGGAUAAGCUGUGUGGCCCAGUUGCAGCCGAGAUACCUGAACAAUGUGAAGGACGGCUUGAGCGUCUACCUCUCCAACUUUAUGCUGAAGGCCAACCACGACGUGGAGGGAUUCACCAUCUGCUUCAACGGCAUCAAGCUGAAGGAGAAGGAGCCCAGAGUCAUCAAUGGCGACCCGUCCGUGAUGUUCUUGAAGAUAACCUUCAAGCUUCUGCUUCUGGUGCUGAAGGAGGACUACCGGAUAAAGGUCCAAAUUAACAAAAUUGAGCCCCUAAAGAUUCACCUGGACGUUUUUGGGAUCAUCGAAGCCACCUUCGCGGAGGAACUUUUUAAGCAGUUCUCAUACAACUCUAGAAAUAACACCUUCAUAAGGGACAACAAGACGUAUUCCCUCAACGAUAUUAUUAACUUCACGAUUAAGAACGUUACCUACUCGGCGUGCGGCUCGAAUGUGAAGCUCAUCGGAUGCAUUUAGGACAGCAGGGAGGAGACGCGAGCGCGCCCAUCCGCUCCCCAUAUUGUUUUA